AUGUCUUUCGGUAGGCAUGCUUACCGGCAUGCUUUGAAGCCACCCGGUUCAUCGGCUUCUGAUCAUCUCUGGAUCAGCGACGACCUGCUGGCAGCGACCUUCCGUCAUUUCGCGAACGGCCAGCGCCGCCAUGGAAGCUGCGUGCCCGGCCCCUUGGAGGCACGGAGGCGUCUGGCAAAGAGGAGGAACACCGCUCUGGCUGGUAUUGGAGGAGCCGAGGAUAUCGCUUGUUUGUUUGGCCGCAAUGGGAGGGAGCACAUGAAGUGGACCGACCAUCCGUGGCAGAGAGCGCAGGUCGAAGCCCAAGAUCUUCGCAGUUACGCAAUCGCCUCACACGAAGUUCCUCUGCCCUUCUACGACCACAACCCUGAACCCAUCGAGUCGCACAUCUCCGAUGAUCCUUCUCCAACCUCCCACGACACAGAGCCGAGAAGCAAGGCUCGGGUCUGGGCAGAAUUCCUUGACAAGAACGAUUGGGGAAUUGAAGAUGCUCGUGAUUUCGCUCGCUACUUGAAUAUCGAUCUUCAACGGGAACCUGAGUACAGCCGGCAAAUAUUUGACAAAUUGCUUGUGCGAUCCGCAACAGACUUGACACAAACCAUCAAAUUUCUGGACGACCCGUUUUUGAAUACUCGAGGAUCCGGAAACUAUCUCGCUGCUGUGGAAUUGUUCUCUCAAAAGAAGACAAAACGAUCCAACCGUACUGCCGUUCUCAAUGCGGUUACUCGCGCGCUGGAGCUGGGCCUUGUUCCCACAGAAGAGCUUUGCUUGAUUGUCAAGGAACUCCCAAACAUCAUUGUCGAGAGAGACAAGACUCUUGGGACAUGGGACCAGAAAGCGUUGCUCAAACACUACCGGGCUCUUUGGAAAGCCAUUGGACGUUGUAAUAUCCUCGGCUAUCGUGAUCUUGACAAGAAAGUUGCGGAUACCUGGCUAGGACAGCUUUUAAGUAUUCGGGGAUUCCGUUUCGCGGAGGAAAUCAUUGUUGCGACCCAUGAUGCAAGCUCUGAUAACUACUGGCCUUCCGCCAUGGUCAUGGCGUGGUUGAAGGUUGUGGAUGGACCCGAUACGACAUUGCAUCUUCCCUCACCCGACCGACUGUUGAGCCAGCUCGAUGCAAACUGUGCAGCCAAGUGCAUUGUCAACGUGACCGAGCUCUUAGCUCUUGCCUCACGGGAAGGCAAGGACCGAAACCAGCAGCUUGAACGAUGGCGUGGAUGUUUGACGAGGCUGUCUAAUAUCGAUGCCAUUGCAAGCUCGCAGACUUGGUUGGAUCUUCCGCUUGCCUACACCGAAAUACCUCAGCAAGGACAGAUUACCUCCCCUCCGCAUCUUUCGAUUCAGGAUCAGAUUAUUUUACGUCUGUGGGCGCUACGAAGUUUAAGUCGAUCUCUGGCACCGAUGUACAACCAAGAUAUCAAAGCUACAGAUCGUCCCAUUUAUUUCUUGUUCGGCCUCUUCGAGACGACUGUGCAGAACACGGAAGGGUCUUUUCUUGCGGACCUCUUGCGUGGAGUUCAAAGUCUAGACGUCCCAUACAACAGUCUUCUGCCGCUGGCAGUCGAUCUCAAGCUGAGAAAGCUGACAACGAAAACCACACGCAAAACUCUUGAGCAGCUGGAAACAUCCAAGACCACUCUGGCAGAAGUCUGGACACAGCCAGCUGAAUACAACGGAACCCGAGUCCUUUUCUAUGGCGCAUUCGAUCGAAUGCUCCGCCGCAUCGAUCUCACCAGCCCUGCCACGAUGGAAGAAUUCCUCCGUCUCGCCAGAGAGGGAGAUUCAAAGAGCGUCUGGUCAGUCCUCAGACUGUUGGAAAAUCACACGCCAUUCAAAGUGUGUCUCCACAAGGCCUGGGUCCCCAUCCCACACCCUGACGAAAUGGCCCUUGUGCGUUAUCACCCUGGCCCAAGGGACAGCCACUGCCCGGACCCUCACGUCGCGGUGAACCUGGUCCACCAACUGGCCGUCGCUUUUUCCUGCAGUCCUCAGUUGCCUCCAUCCCGCUCAUUCCAUCUCAUCCACUGGCUUUACGACUACCUGCGUAAACAUGGCGGCCCCGUUUACCCGUCUCUGGUGCGCUCUAUGUACCAUGCUGGCGUUGUGCGGUACCGUCGUGAGGGACGUCGUGUUUCGGCUACGCGGUACGAGUAUAUUAUGUGGAUCAUGGAGAAGUUUGAAGGGCGUGCGUUUGUGAAGGAGUUUACAGCGGCGCCUCAGAUUGGGAGGUCCUGCCAUGGCGAACCGCGUGAUUAA